AUGCACUCUCACUAUCUCCUCCUUCUCCUCACUCCUAUCAUCUCAGCAAUCGCCAUCCCUCAAGCCCCGUCGCCAAACCCAAUUCCCUCCUCCAACACCGACACCAAUGGACAAGCUAAGCCCACCCCAUCCAUCACCUCUCCAUCUCCCUCAACUACCCCUACUGGCUCUCCCGAUGGCAAAUCUUAUUCUGCCAAUAACCCUGUUCCCAUAGCAGCGCCCGAGGACAGGCCGAAGCAUCAGCCAGGGAAAGACUAUUGGGGAAAUGAUGAGGAGAGGCGUCGACCAGGUGCGAUCAUGCAUGAAGAUCCAGGGCGCAAUAGGGGAUGGCCAGGUAUUUUCCCAUGGUGGAAAAAGCCUACCAAUAUACGCGAAAAGAUAAGAAAGCUCGCUCCGGAGUUACAGCGAUUCUUAAACAUGGUGUUGGAUAAAAAGAUGAUUCGGGAGCAGCUUUUGCUGAAUACGAUCAACGCGUAUGAAAAGAUGCCAAAGCCGCCGACGAGUGCUGGUGGAUCGACGACGGUGACUGGAACGGGUGGGACUUCGACGUCGACAGGAACAGGAGGUGUGACACCUAAUGCUGUGCCAAGUGCAAGUCCACUACCGCCGAUAAAGCCAGCUGUGAAAGAAGCGCCUGCACCUGCAUCGGGAGACAAAUCGGAUUAUGGCAAUGCGGAGAAAAAGAACAUGGCCAGACAGGAAAUCGGGAACGAUAAGAGAGACCUAAAUCAUCCCGACGCUUAUACCCACGCCAAUCAUGCCCGCGACGCCAAAAUCGAGGAGAAUGGGAACGAGAAGAGAGAUUUGAACCAUCCUGACGCAUAUACUCACGAAAAUCACGCCCGUGACACUAAAGUCGAGAAGAGCGAGCACGAGAAAAGAGACUUGAACCACCCUGACGCUUACACCCACGCAAACCACGCCCGCGACACCAAAAUCGAGAAGAGCGAGACUGCGAAAAGAGACCUGAACCAUCCAGACGCAUACACCCACGCUAACCACGCCCGCGACGCUAUGGUCGGCUCUGCCAUUAGGCUCCCACCACCUGCAACUCCAGAGGGAAAUUCUAUGAUUGAAUCCAAGCUAGAGAAGAGAGAUGUGAACUAUCUCGACGCCGAUUUCCACGCUAACCAGCGCCGUAACGCCGAGAAAGAUAGUGGGGCUCCUAUCGGGGGUGGAAAAGCACAAAAAGGACCGCAGGUGAAGGGAGGGAAGAGAGAUGUGAACUAUCUCGACGCUAAUGUACAUGCUGAUCAGGCCCGCGACGUCAACGCUGAAAUGGCAGAACGUUCAGAGCUCGGGCGACGGGAAGAAAUUUCCUGUUAUGCUGGCGGUAGAUGCAGCGGGUUUCAGGGGAAGGCACAGAUGAAAUACAACAUCGAUAAUACUCUUGGUACGAAGGAGUUAAAGCUGGACCUGGAAGACGACUCUCUGGAGGUGAAAUUUGGGAAAGAGAAGAGAGAUGAGAUGACGGAGAUGGAGGAGGAUGAUAGGGCUUGGGGUAUGCAGCAUUAUUAG